UCCUGGUCCUUACUGAAGCCCAGAAUCACAUCGAUGCUGUGAACGCGGCCUCCCAUGCCCGAGGCGCCACCUUUACCCAGGUCGUGAUAGUUGUCCGUUGAGAGGCAGCCAUCGUCCACCAUGUUCAUCAUAUCCAGUGACAAAUGCAUCCAAUCUGCCCUUAAAAUAUAGCUGGCGGUGACAAGUGCACAAUAUAAAACCACACUGAUGUAUAUUAAGGAAAGCGCGCAGCACAUAUUCAUCUAAACGUCACUCUCAGCAGCGUGAACGGAUCGGGAUGUUCAUAUAUCACUGCAAAGGUGCAGAGAAGGGAUAGACCAGAUAAUCUGCUGUCCGAUGUGAAGAAGAGACCCUUCUUCAUCAUGCUAACAUUUAAGGAUGAAGAAAAGGUCAAGAAAAACAGCAGAUGUCCACAGCUUUGUAUUGCUUGACAUGGUUCAUCCAGAACUGAUGCUGAACAAACCCUGAUGAUCAUGUUCUCCAGCAUGAUUUGAGAUUCAGAGAACAUCUCAAGCUUCAGCAGAUCUGAGCGCCUGUUUAAAUGGAAACAAUCCAGAUUUUCAUUGUGGUCUCCAACUUUUGGACGGACACAUGGAGGUACACAUGGAGUCAGGAAGAUCGAGUUGUUCCUGCUCUACCGCCUGUUGAACCUCAUGGAGGUUUAUUUAAGCUCCAGCUCCAUCUUGUGACCCCGAGCCAAUCAGAGAGCAGCAGGAAAUGAGUCUCCACCAAUCACAGAGCUCCAGGAGACAGAGGGAUGAGCCUCUGUUCACAGACGCAGUCCAGAGCGCCGAGCAGCUGUGAGAGAGAAUGACAGGAGGGAGGAAUUUACAGAGGAGAGACUGUGUCGUACAGGGAUGGAGAGACUGGGAUGCUGUUGCUAGGGAACAGUGAGGAGACGUCCAUCUUUUGCAGCUUGUUCCACAUAGAGAAAAGCAGAGGGAAAGGAUUUCAAUUCAUGACGGAGGGAAAUAAAUGCUUUCCCAGGGAGAGAUACAGAAAGAGAACGACGGAAAGAAGGGGCGGAGACUCCAGGUGAUAUUACGUAAUCUGGACCGGGAUUAUGUGGUGGUCUUCUGUGAGAUUCAGGGAUGAAUAAUAAAAAUCUGAUAGCUGCACAACGGGAACCUGUAUGUCAUCAGUUCUGGAUAAUAAUGGCAGUGCAAAGAUACUGAGACCUUCUUUUUGGGAUUGUCCUGACAUCAUCCACCCACCCAGGUGUGGCACUGCCAGACGCCCUCUCUUUGUCCGAGGAGAAACACAGACGUCUACACUGACUGACAGACGGAUAAACUCUGAGUUUGAUUUGAGCAUCCUCAUCUAAGGAAAGCACUAUGGAUGUAAUCAAGAGCUGAGAAAUCAACAGACCUGAAGGUGAACACUGAGACAUCAAAGCCUGCGCAGAAAACUCUCUUCUGUUUGUGAUCGGGAGCAGAGGAUGGGAACCACUGAAGCCACUUUACGCAUGGAGAACAUGGAGGUAAAAGAUGAGUGGCAGGACGAUGAUUUCCCACGGCCUCUUCCUGAAGAUGGUGAUUUAGAUGGACUCACUGACAACACUUCUCAUCAUGCCGCUCUGACGGCUGAUCAUGUGGAAUCUGUCCGACAAAAGCGCCGCACACUGGUCGCUCCGGAUAUUAACCUGUCGCUGGACAAAAGUGAAGGUUCAGUCCUUUCUGACGACUUCCUGGAAACACCAGACGACCUGGACAUAAACGUGGACGACAUGGACACGCCGGACGAUGACUCUCUCGGGUCCAUCAACAAUGGCACCGAGCUGGAAUGGGAAGAUGACACUCCAGUGGCCAGUGCGAAGGGUCCGGGUGGUGGUGAUGGGGACGGCACAGGUCGUCUGUGGAGGACGGUGAUCAUUGGUGAUCAGGAACACAGGAUAGACAUGCAGGUGAUCAGGCCGUACCUGCGUGUCGUCACGCAUGGAGGUUACUACGGUGAAGGACUGAAUGCUAUCAUCGUUUUUGCUGCCUGUUACCUGCCCGACAGCGGCUGUGCCGACUACAAUUACAUCAUGGAGAACCUCUUCCUGUACGUGAUCAGUAGUUUGGAGCUGCUGGUAGCUGAAGACUACAUGAUCAUCUAUCUGAACGGAGCCACGCCGCGCAGGAGAAUGCCGGGCAUCAGCUGGCUCAAGAGAUGCUACCAGAUGAUCGAAAGACGGUUAAGAAAGAAUCUCAAAUGUCUGAUCAUUGUGCAUCCCUCCUGGUUCAUCCGUACAGUUCUGGCCAUCUCACGGCCCUUUAUCAGUGUGAAAUUUAUGGAUAAGAUCCGUUACGUCCAGAGUCUGGAGGAACUGGCUCAGAUUGUUCCCAUGGAGCAUGUGCAGAUUCCCGAGUGUGUGCUGCAAUGUGAAGAGGAGCGAAUCAAAGCGCAGAGAGAAAGGCUUGAACAACUGAACAAGACAUCAGAGAGGCCGCCCUCAGUGGCUGCAGAGGCCUGUCCCUGACGCGUCUCAAUGGAUACAGCUGAAGUCAGGGAUUCAUCUGUGCAUGUCAUUUUCCAAAGAUGAUCCUUUAAAGAACAAUCAUGAUUGAUCAGCACUGCAGAACGAUGACGAUGUUUUUGAUCUCAGUCUCAAGUCAAGUUUUUCCAUUCAUUCACCCUGACCUUUGACCUGGAUCGCUUCACGACGGACCGCAGCUGAGUAAGUGUGAACGAGAGAGAAAACAAACACUCACGGACUCUCUUUUCUAAUACUUGUUUUGUUUCUGAACAUCUGUGCAAACUCAAUCAUCUUGUGUAGCAGUCAUUGUGUUGUACAGAUGUGUGUUUUAUACCAGCAGGAUCAUAUCUUGACUUGGCAGUUUGAACAAGUACAGCUGCCAACCGCUUCCACAAUGGGAAAACUAUUCUGCCCGUUACAUAAUGCAGCAGUUUACAGGUUUAAAGUCAACAUGAAAUCAUAUUGUCAUUGAAAACAACCUUAUUUAUCAUGUUAACCAAUCACCGAAUAAUUAUCCAGUCAUUGUUUAGGGCUGUGCUAAUUCAUCCUUUCUAAAAAUCAAGUCAGUGUUUAAUGCUGGUUAACAUUGAUGUGAUAAAGUUCUCAGCAAUAAUAAGGAUUUGUUUACAUGAACUUGACAUUCAUGUUGACUUUCAAACAUAUCUGAGUAAAUGUGAAGGUUGUGUGCAGCAGGUCACGCUGGGCUUCAUGUUCACUGCGACUGUAAUCAGUGUCUUUAAUAAGGAUUCAGAAUGCAAUACUAACAUACUGCUGCCCUGCUGACAGGAAACGUUCAGGCAAGGUUCUCUCAAUGUUAUGAACAAACAUUUGUUUAUAGAACGUUAGUUCAAAGUUAUCUGGUCUUCAAUAAUGUUCUUAAAACAUCAGCACAAAAACAUUUAUACAUCAUUUAAAUGUUACUACUUGUUUUGGAAUGUUCAGAGAACAUUCAAAAGUAACAUUUUCAGAAUGUUUGAAGAAUGAUGAAAUGGAAUGUUCAC